GUUCGAAGCUCAUUUCCGACGACGAAUAUGGUCGGCCGUACUUUUACACAAAAAGAACAUAUAAAGUAUGAAUUUGAUGAUAUAAUAUUAAUUGGAUGUAAACUCUUCAUAAAUUAUUUAAAUAUACAUUCAUGACUUAAACUAAAAAGACCUAUCGCCGGAGCACCAAUUCAUACGUCAACCAAAUUAACACAACAAGAAAAAGUAACAAACGUCAUCCGUCAUAACAACAACUUCACGUGCGCGGUGUUAUGGACUAGGUUAUAACUUGAUAUUAACAAUUUAUUAACAGAAAUGGGCAAGCGUAAGUUUGAUAGCGAAAAGGAAAAGUCGCCGAAAAAGGCUAGGCAAAGUGAGUCUGAGGGAAAUGACGGCGUGGAAGAAGAACAACCUCAAAAUGAGGAGAAUAUGGACGAUGUGGACACAGACGGGUUUGAUGUUAAAUAUUUCCGGAAAGAACUUGCUGCGAAGCAGGGACAGACCAUGGCCUUGACACAGUUCCUGCAAGUCUGCCUCAACCCUGACAGUCCAGCAGACUACUUGCUGCAGUACCUGAAAAGUGGUGGAAAUUCACAUGAAAUCUUGCGUCAGAUCACACAAGAGAACAAGAAAAACCUCACACUGGCCACUCCGGCUUUCCACAUCUUCCACCUCAUCAUCCUCAAGGUCCAGUCCUCCCUCCCACACAUGAUAACUAUCACUGAGGAAGCUUGCCGCUACUUCCUCAACACAUUCAUGUCAACCAUAGAGAUAAUGAUUAGCGAGAGCUCUGGCCCUCGCCAUAGGAAAAUAGUCUUAAAGCUAUUAACCUCAAUGGUCACCUUAAAUUCUGACCUAGGGGUUGAAGUGCUGAACCAGGCACCGCUGACCCCCAAACAUUUACAGCAUGUAGUAGAAAAGCCCAACUUCAAAGAAAAGGACAAUGUCAGAACUUCAUUUGUUUUCUUCAUGACAUCUUUUCUGGUCGAGGGCCACUUGCCUCUGAUUAAGGCAUUGUUAGAAAAGCAAGGUCUCCUAGCUUUGGUCAUACCUGGCCUAGUGAAUGAUGAAGCAGAGGCAGCACUAAUGUUUUUGAAUAUCUUAAAGAAAAAUGUAGUUGACAACCCAUUGAUUUCAAAAAGCUUGAAGUUGAAGACCUUCAGCCACCAGGUUCUACAUAACUUAUUUAAAGUGUUUUCAUGGAAGGGACCACCGGAGCUGAGUCAGGAGGCACGGAAUGAAAUGCGCCCGGAGAUUAUGACUUUACUCAGUGAUAUUGUCUUAACAUUAUUUACAUCUCACAAACUGGGCCUCUACUUUAUUGACAACUCCUUGGGAACUGUGGAUGCAAACAAAAACCAGAAUUUAUAUAAGGCGUUGCUGACAUUGAAAAGACCUUGGGAGAAUGAUCCUGAGCGCGAAGUUGUAUUAAAUAUUAUUUACAAAUGUCCCGACCUGCACAGAGCUAUAUUCAGUGUGAUGGAACAAAGUUUCGAACCCCAACAUUCACCAAUAUGGGAAAGAACAGUAGACUUUACAAAUAAGUUACUACAUAAAUUAAAACCUGAAGAAAUGGUUGCAAGAAUGACUCAUCUGAAUCCUGUUCAAAUUGCUAAUUUUGUGAGGUUUAUUACCUUACCUGUCCCACUAUUAAAAUUCAUUCAUAUCAAUCUUGGAAAGGAUCAAACAGUAUCUUUAUAUUGUGUUAAGGUUUUAGUAAAGAUGCUGCAGUCUCUGAGGAGAUAUAUUCAGAUUUUGGAAACUAAAGAGAGUGCUCAGAUUGCUGAUUUGAAAUCUAAACUUGAAUAUUUUAUUCCGAAGCAUUUGCCGGCCCCGGCUUCAAUAGUAUCAUUGAUAGAAAAUGUGAUCGCAAAUAAAAAACCCGAAGAGACCACUAAAGAUUACAGACUUCCGAAAAUAAACGACACAGAGGCUUUGGUAUCACUUGUUGAUCUACUUCUACUUUAUAAUGAUAUUAACCCUGCUUACUUUGAAACUUUGGAAGGAAGUAUUGAUAUGAAAAAGAUAUUAGACUUCUCUAAAACUUUAACCAUUGGUCAUGUGUCUCUGUUGAAGUUUAAAGUUGUGUCUCUAUGGCUCAUAUUGGACAGCUCUGCAAUCUCCCUGAAGAACCCAAUGUUCAAGGAACUAUUCCUUAUCAUGUUGGAUGUGUACAUGAGUGACGAUGACACCACUUGGAUCGAAGCCAAAGAUACCUUACAUAUCUUCUUCAAAAACACAUCAAUAUUCGAAGGAGAUGAAGACGAAAUUCAUUUGAUGCUUUACACGUUAAGAAAUGCUAAAGUCGAUCCUUCAUCGUUGGUUGGCGAUGUUGUUGAAUAUGUACUAGAAAAUAUAACUGAGCUGACAGAAUAUGUUAGAAAUCAACUGGUUCACUUCGAAAUUUGUUCAGAGAACAGUGAAGAUAGCCUUAAAAAGCUUUUUAAUGAUCUAAUGGAGAAUAAGAAUACUGAAGAUAAUGUAUUCCUGGAAAGCAAGCUGCCGUCUCCUUUCAUCGUGGGAUGCAUACAAUAUUUACAGUUGCAUAAAGAAGCCAAGAAGAGCUUAAAACAUUUCCUCUCAUUGUACGUCGCGAAUUUACUUCACAGUAACUAUUCACCAGAAUUGACAGAAGUGUUGAUAGGAGAUUGUAAACUGGAUGCCAGGAAUUACGUCGCCAGUUGGAUCGGAGAACCUGUCCCAAUGCCCGACACCAUAGCGGGACGAGACAAUGUUCUAAAAGCAAUAUCAGAUUCCAUCGUUAAUAAAGAAGCCAUUCUUUUGAAAGACAUAUUCCAUCACCUUGAAGAGGAUAGCGAAGAAAGUGACAUUGUUAUUGACAAUAUUUCCUACAAAGUCGACCUGUCGAAAGUGGCUGACAGUUCAGAAUUAUUAAUAUGGGCGAAAUAUUUGAUAUUCUGUACCAUUCGGUUGACGAACAUGGGACAGUUGAGUGAGGAACAACAAAAGAAUAUAACAGACUAUUUCCAAUGUAUAAUUGCAAUAGGGAAGAAACAUUUACUGAUGGAUGCAUGUAGGACAGUAAUAUUGACUUUGGUUAAAAACCCGCAGCUGCUUAAAAUCUAUAAACCUCUUAAUACUGGCAAAGACCCUUCAAGUUUAUAUGCUACCGGAUUCCUGUUAGAGGUGUUCACACAACACAGGGAUUUAGUAGAGUAUCUGAACAACAAACAUAUAUUAACUAAAUCAUACCAGCAGAAGAAUUAUAAUGAAAUCGUAAAGGCUUUUGUUAAAAUAAAUAAAAGGAAAAACGUUGACAGUGAAUACACUAUCCGUGUUCUAGAAGUUAUGGGUUUAUCAAAUGAGGAUGACAUGAAACUGUUCAAUCUAAUAUUCAGUGCAGAAACAGACUCUUGCUUAAAAGAUGAUAGAGAACCAAGUCUAGUACUUGAGCUGUUGAGAUAUUUAAUAGAGAAAUAUUCAGAAACGAUUAGUUUAGAGCUACAACCAAACGUUCUAAAAAAGAGUAUUACGCUUUACACAGACUUGCUCUCAAACAAAGAGUUGAAUCCUAAUUUGACCAAUUUGGAGACGGCACUUACAAAGUAUUUUGAAAACAAACCGCAUCAAGCGUUACGAGUAUCGGAUGAAGAUUUUAAAAAGUUCUUCUAUUUUAGUACUUUAAGGAAAUCAACAGCCAACCUCGCGUCCGUUUUAUUAAAAUUCAACGAACAAUUCUGUAAAAUUUUCAAAGAGGAAAUAUCUAGACCCGAAGUAUUAGCUCAAAGAGAAUUGACACUUCCUUUGGGUAAUGCAGUCAUAAACCACCAACAAUUCAUAUUAGAAAACAAAGAAUUCUUAGCUACUGUGUAUAAUGAAUACAAAUCAAAUAUCACUAAAAUGCUGGAAAAGCCUCACAAAGCCGGACAAAUCUAUAUUUCGUGUUGGCAAUUCAUUAAGAAAUUAGCUAUAGAGUGUAUGGAAGUACAGGACUGCUUGAAGUUGUUUAAUAAAACGCACAAGUUCGAAGUUAUAGAGUCAAGUCAUGUUCAGAUUUUACAGAGUAUAUUUUUAAAGGUAUGUGAAAAUGUAGCUAAGAAAGAACACCUGAUUAACUACCUCUUAUCAAUGUUAAACUUGACAACCUUUGCUUUAAAAGAAGGCAAAGUCGAUGCGUUACAUGAAAUCGUAGCAAGCAUUUUCAAAGUGAUACAAGCUUGUAAAGUCGUCGAGGGGUUACAUAUAGAACAGAAGGAAGAAUUUAAAAAAGUCACCGAGAGCGCAAUCUUCCAAAACUUCUGCAAACUUACUUUAAAAGAUUCAUUAAAAGUAAAGACAGCAGGCCAAGUGAAUGCAGUCGGACCUAAGCUUGUAGCAUUAUUAACAGACCUAGUAAAACUAUUUUACUCUGAAAACCACGAGGAUAUCGUCACAUUAUUCGACAUGGUCACUUCCCAUUCAGAAUUUUUGAACGUGAUGCUGAGUCUCCAUAGUUCAGAUAUUAAAUCAAGACUAAUAGAAUUUUUGUACACCUUGAUCAGACUCAACAAAUCCGUUAUGAAAACGCAACACAUCCCAGUCUACUUGAGCGCUUAUCACGCUACCAGGAGUCCUUGUGAUCGUCUCAUUGUCGCCCUAUUACAUUACUAUGAGACAAAUGGACAACCAGUGAACGAGUACAAGCCUUACGUAUGGGGCGAUUCAGCUGCAAAUUACUACGCUGUGCGCAAAAACAGGUCGUCAUCUUUGUGGUCCCAUCCAACACCGAAUCAAGUCCUGAACUUAUUUGAUCGAGAGAUCAUAGAGCGGACUGUAAGGAACUUCCCCGUGACACAGAAAUUUGAGUACCAUUAUGAGUUAACACACAAUAUUGGCGUGGAAAGUGAAGUUACUGAUUCUAUUCGAUCAGUGUUGAAUGAGAUGUUUGAAGAUGGCGUGUUUAAGCCGACCGUAGCUAAAGAUAAUGAAGGAGGGAUAAAGAGUUUGUGUGUCAGGGGAAAAUAUGAAUGUGUGACUACUCAGUUUGUUGGGAAAGAUUUGUUGCAUACUUCUAAUUUGGAUGUGGAUGAUGGUAUAUAUGACCCUGUGUUCGUGUUCCCACUGUUGGGCCACCUGCUGGCGCCGGGGUCAGUCGCCUCCUGCUUCAAGAUGCUCCGGACCGGGCUGCUGUCCGUGCCGGUCAUGGCGCUGAGCUCGCACUGCCCUACCAUGAGGGCGGCCGCUUACCAUGUUCUACAUCGGUUCUGCUUGCUUCUAGAGACUGAAACACGUCACAAGAACGAAAAACUAUUCCUGACGGACUAUAUUAACACGUUGCGUCGCAGUCUUGCGUCAGCCAUCAACAGCACGGAGCCCUUCAACGGCCAGGAGCUGAAGAACCCGAAGCUCCCGGCCAUCGACGCGCUGUACUUCGCGAGAGCCCUCAUGGUCUCCACAGCCCCGUCCGAUCCCCUCUACAAGUCAGUCAACAACUUCCUCAUUGCCAAGAACUUCGUGGACUGCACUCUCGUCCCUGACUUCUUAAGUCUUUUCCACGACAGCGAUGUGGAAGCUAUCGACAGACGACUCUGGAUAUUAGGCAUCAUUAGAGACGGAACGAAAACCAUGACAGAUAUCGAUGUCGUUUUCAAAACGAUGUGUCUAAAGAUGAUCAUGGACUUUUACUCUUCAAUUUUGAGCGAUCGGAGGGUGAAGGAAAGGAUCCUAAGCGUUGUGAGUUCCAUAGUGUCUGUACCGAGAGCUUUUGAAAUAUUGGUCGAAGGAUACGGACUGUUGUCGUGGCUCCACUCCGUUGUGCGACAGACGACCGACAAGUCACUCAUUAAAGGUAUUUUCGCACUGAUCAACAACAUGAUCUACAGCAUGAACAUUGCAGCUUUUUCCAGAAACAUAUCUGCCAAAAAUGGAAGAGUUAAUGAGUAUAUUGAACUCCGAACAAAUAAGGAUGUAGAACAAGAAAUUCUGGUGAUACACUAUGAUUUGUUGAAGCAUUUAGAUGAUUUAGAAGUGAGUGAUGUUGCUGAUUACGUGAAUAUUUAUAGGUUAAUGUCUAAGAGAACUAUUAAGAGCUUGUCAAAGAAGCAGUUGUUAAGUUUGGUAAACAAAGUCGGUGUUAUGUUUAAAGACAGUGAAGUUAUCAGGUUACUCACUAAAGCGUUGCUAUCGAAUGAUGCCCUAGCUCUGAAAAGCAGUAAUAUGAGUUCAAAAUUAGAUUGUGAAUAUAAAAACAGUUUGAUACAAAGCUUAACACAAAUUGUGCAGACGUAUGUUGUUUAAAAUAAUUGAAAUCGAUAUUACAAAUAAAAUAAAUAUGUUUUACACAGAA